GAGGACCUCAUCACGUUGGACGACCUCAACGAGCACGCGCUGCUCCACACGCUGCGCGCGCGCUACGGGGGCGACGCCAUAUACACGCGCGUGUCCGACGUGCUCAUCUCCGUGAACCCGUUCAAGGUGCUGCCCAUCUACACGCCGGAGACGCUGGCGACCUACGUGCGCGCCGGCGGGCGGGCGAGCACGGACCUGCCCCCGCACUGCUACGGCGUCUCCGCCGCCGCGCACGCGGCGCUC